AUGUCUUUCAGAGAAAUACGAAACUUCUGUGAAAUCAUGCGUUCUUUAGGAUACUCGCGCAUCAUUUCAAUGGAAAAUUUUCGAACCCCUAACUUUGAGCUAGUAGCAGAUAUCCUUGAUUGACUUCUCUUAAGGUAAACAUUACAUAGAGUGGACCCGGAAUGUGAUAUAUUAGGCGAUAUUGAAGAAGAGAGACAAAGAAUAAAUUUUAUCACGAACGUCGCCAAGUUUUUCUUAUCAAAAACCAGAAUAAAACUGAAUCUUAACUCCCCACCUUAAAUUGGAACAAAACAUCGGUAAAAUUUGCAUGUUUUGGGUACUUUAACCCCCUUUAAAUUGGAAAAAAGUUUAUUUUCAAUAAAAAAUAUUUUCGAUAAAAAUAAUAAUUUUUUAAAAAAUUAGUUUUAACCUAAUUUAAUAUGCAAAUACAAGUAGAAUACUAUUUAAAAAGUUCUCUCACUCCCCUCCCCAUCCUUGAUCGAACGACUCGCCAUCGUUCGAUCAAGGAUGGGGGUUAAAAAAAAUUUUAUAUAUUUAAAAUAAAAUAUAUAUAUAUAUUUUUUUUUAUUUACUUUUAAUAAGAGGGUAAGAGCAUUUAAUAAUUAUUUUUACAGCAAAAAAUUGAAUUAAUUUCAUAAAAAUGCCAAUUUUUAAUAUUUUGAUUUAUUAGUCACACCUUUAAACUGUAUAAAUUUUAAUUUAUUCCUUAUUAAAUUAAAUUUGUUUUUUUAAAAAUUUUAAAGAAUCUCUAUUUUAUUAGAUUAUUGAGUUUUUAAGCCUAGGUUGAUGACUAAAUCACUUCGAAUGGUUAAUUCCGUAGCUUUUUGUCGUCUCAAAGUCUCUGAAAACAACUUCAUUAUAUGCAUCUUCCCAAGCUUUUGAUAACUAAUAUAUUUUUAUAUAUAUAAAAAAUUUGCAUGAUAUGAAAAUCGUUCGAUCAAGGAUGGGGGUUAAUUUUGCCAAUUUUUAGGAACUUUUACAGUCAAUCGUUCGAUCAAGGAUGGGGGGGGAGUCAUGAAUAAAUUAAUUUUUUUAUUUAAUAAUUUUUAUAAAAAAAAAAAUUAAAAUUUAAAUAAUUAUGCUCAAUUUAUAUUUUUAAAAAUUUUAAAAAAAAUUAACCCCUCUUUAAAUUGGAACAGGAUCGCUUGCUCCAAUUAAAUGAAGGGGAGUAAGAAACUUUAUCAAGCAGAUGGGUAUGCUGUCCGUGAACUUUUAAAAAUUGCUUCAAUGCUAUAUAAAGCUCAAUCAUCGUCGACAAAAAAUGACGAAGAAUCAUGUAAGAUCUAGGUAGCGGUGGACAUUACAAUGAGCUCAAAACUUCAGAAUCUGAAAACUGCGCGUGGUUUAGCUACAGAAAUUACUGAAACUGGCGCCAAACUGUUUGAUUUAUUAGGAAAAGAAAAGGAUCUAAGAGAGGCCAGAGAUAAGGCAUUGGGAUUUUUGGACAAUAUCUCAAGAAAUCUCGAUUCUAAUGCUGAACAAGAAUACAUCAGAAAGUGUAUUAGGGAUAUCAUACAAGGCCAGACUGGCAAUCUUUCUCAGAUGGAAAAAAUGCUUGAAGAACUCGAGAAUGACGAGAAAACACUUGAAGCAAAAAUCAAAAAGAGAACUGGAGAGCUGGAAAGAGCAGAAAAGCGCAUGAAAUCAUUGCAAACUGUCAGACCAGGAUAUAUGGACGAGUAUGAAAGACUGGAACAGGAACUUGAGAAACUCUACGAAGUCUAUGUUGUCAGAUUUAGAAACGUAGCCUAUUUAGAGCACGAUUUAGACGAGUACAGCAAAAAAGAGGAAGAAAAAUCCAAAUUGAUUUCAGAUUCAUUAGCUCAGCAAAGAAAUGAAAUCCAAGAAGACCAAAAAAGGAGGCUAAUUGGAGAAGCUGAGCUUGAGGAAGCUACAAUUGAUUCCAAUGUUCCUAAAGGAAAAGCAUCCAAUAAUAACGCAUCAAACAAUCGAGAUAGGCCUAUGGAGGCAAGACAAAAUGGUAGAAGACAAUAUAAGCAAGAAGAAAGUGAAGAAAGCGAUUUAAUUGAAGAAGAUGAAGAAAGUGGGUCACUUGAAGUAGAUGAAGAAGGUUCUGAAGAAGAACUGGAAGAGGAAGAAAGUGAGUCACUUGAUAACGAUUUUUAA